GGCGGCCUGCGGUUCUGGGGGAGGAAUCCCUAGUGUUGGAUCCAGAGGCCCCCGAGACCCCCCGACUCACCCCGAGCAAGGCCCCGGGCCCCGCAGCCAUGGCAGGCCUGAAGACGGCAAGCGGAGAUUACAUCGACUCCACCUGGGAGCUCCAAGUUCUCGUCGGGGAGCAGGAGACCGAGUCUGAGCCUGUGGUCCUGAGGGUCACCGGGGAAAUGCACAUCGGAGGGGUCAUCCUGCAGAUCGUGGAAAAGAUCCAGAAGAAGCAGGACUGGUCGGACUAUGGCGUGUGGUGGGAUCAGAAGAAGCUGUGGCUACUGCAGACGCACUGGACUCUGGACAAGUACGGGAUCCUGGCGGACGCCCGCCUCUUCUUCGGACCCCAGCACCGGCCGGUCAUCCUGCGGCUGCCCAAUCGCCGGGCCCUGCGGCUCCGGGUCAGCUUCUCCCGGCCCCUCUUCCAAGCCGUCGCCGCCAUCUGCCGCGUCCUCAGCAUUCGGCACCCCGAGGAGUUGUCCCUGCUGCGAAUUCCGGAGAAAAAGGAGAAGAAGAAGAAGGAGAAGGAGCCUGAGGAGAAGGUGUUUGAUCUCAGCCAGGUCGUCAUUGCUGGAGGGGUGUCCCCAGGCCUGUUCCGGGGUCUGCCGUCGCACCUGUCGGACUCGGCGGAGGCGGAGGCCUGUUACCGCAGCCUGCUGAGCCGGGCCCAGCCGGCCCCGGACCCCCGCCUGCUGCAGAGCCUGCCCAGACCCGACGCCCUCAGCGACAAGACGCGCCUCCACUCCAGGUGGCUGGACUCAUCGAGAUGCCUCCUGCAGCAGGGAGUGCAGGCCGGGGACACCCUCCUGCUGCGCUUCAAGUACUACAGCUUCUUUGACCUGGACCCCAAGACGGACCCGGUGCGGCUGACCCAGCUGUACGAGCAGGCCCGCUGGGACCUCCUGCUCGAGGAGAUCGAUUGCACCGAAGAGGAGAUGAUGGUGUUCGCUGCCCUCCAGUAUCACAUCAACGAGCUCUCGGCCGGCGCGGAGCCGGGAGACUCGGCCACCAACGACUCCGGCCUCGACGACCUGGACGCGGCUCUGAGCAACCUGGAGGUGAAGCUGGAAGGCUCAGCCCCGACGGACGUGCUGGACAGCCUCACGGCCAUCCCCGAGCUCAAAGAUCACCUCCGCAUCUUCCGGCCCCGCAAGCUCACCCUGAAGGGCUACCGGCAGCACUGGGUUGUCUUCAAGGAGACCACCCUCUCCUACUACAAAAGCCAGGACCAGGCCCCCGGAGAGCCAGUCCAGCAGCUCAACCUCAAGGGCUGCGAGGUCGUCCCCGAGGUCAACGUCUCCGGACAGAAGUUCUGCAUCAAACUGCUCGUGCCCUCUCCCGAGGGCAUGAGCGAAAUCUACCUGCGCUGCCAGGAUGAGCAGCAGUACGCCCGCUGGAUGGCAGGGUGCCGCCUGGCAGCCAAAGGUCGCACCAUGGCCGACAGCAGCUACCAGAGCGAGGUGCAGAGCAUCCUGGCCUUCCUCAACCUGCAGCGGGCAGGGGGCGGAGGCGGGGGCUCCCUCCACAGCCAGGGCGCCGACAUCAACCCCGAGACCCUCAACCCCCACGGCCUCGUCGCCCCCCGAUUCCAGCGCAAGCUGAAGGCCAAGCAGCUCACCCAGCGGAUCCUGGAGGCCCACCAGAACAUAGCCCAGCUCUCCCUGGCCGAGGCCAAACUGCGCUUCAUCCAGGCCUGGCAGUCCCUGCCCGACUUUGGCAUCUCCUAUUUCAUCGUCAGGUUCAAAGGCAGCAGGAAAGACGAGAUCUUGGGCAUUGCCAACAACCGCCUGAUCCGGAUGGACCUCGCCGGGGGGGAUGUGAUCAAGACCUGGAGGUUCAGCAACAUGCGCCAGUGGAACGUCAACUGGGACAUCCGGCAGGUGGCCAUCGAGUUCGACGAGCACAUCAACGUGGCGUUCAGCUGCGUGUCCGCCGGCUGCCGCGUGCUGCACGAGUACAUCGGCGGCUACAUCUUCCUGUCCACCCGCGAGCGGGCCCGAGGAGAAGAACUGAACGAGGAUCUCUUCCUGCAACUCACCGGGGGCCACGAGGCUCUCUGAGGCCGGGGUCCCUCCCCGGGGGACACCCCCCCUUCCCUCUACCGAGAAUCCCCCGUCCCCACACACAGACCACCGUUUCCCCUCCCACGUUCACUGCUGUUCACCGAGCGAGGAAGCCGCAGAGCUUACCGUUUCCUCCCAGCCAGGACUGCCCCCACCUCCCCUCC